AUGGAGGGAGAAGAGUGGGGCUACUUCGGGGACAAUGCAGCGGAAAAUGGGGCGCGUACUCGGACGGAACCAUGGAGCGAGGGAAGAUGGGGGCGACUCGGGGACAUGGACGGGCGAAAUGGGGGCUACUUCGGAGGACCCACUGGAGAGGGAAAAUGCGGGGCCUAUCGGGACCUGGAGGGAAAUGGCGGGCUAACUCGAGCACAAUGGCAGGGGAACAUGGGGGCUACCGGGGACCAUGGACUGGGAAAUGGGGCUACUCGGGGACCAUGGAUGGGAAAAAAUGGGGGCUACUCGCGGACAUGGAGGGGAAAUUCGGGGGCUAACGCGGAUGGACACGGCAGUUACCGGAGGGGAAAUGGGGGGCCUAUUACCCUCGGGAACAUGGAGGGGAAAUGGGGGCCAUGA